AUGCUUAGUAGAGACUUUUACAUUUGGAUCGGAGAACAACAUAUAUACUCCAAAGAUUAUGUAUACAGAGGGCAAUUCCCUCUACCAGAAAUAGUACCCAUCAGAAUCCCAUCUCCAAUAAUCAAAUCCGAAACUCCCCCUCCUCCCCAACUUACAUUUGAUGUCAAACCUAGAAUAUUGAGAUCUGCCCGAGCCAUCCAACAGCACGGACAGCGCAUUUACCAGGGAAAUGAUGGACUCAUUACCCAGAAUAGACACUCCCCCCUGAAAGAAGCGCAAUUGGAAGCAUUUGUAAAACAAGAAGUAGAAAAAGCAGUAAAACAGACACAAAUGCACUACCAAUCGCAGCUAGACGAGGCGCUCGAAGAAGUGAACGUCUUGCAAAGAAAGCUAGAGAAGCAGACACCGCCACCUCCAGAAAAGGUGGAGAGAAGUAGAACGGCAUUGGAGAAACCCGAGAACUUCUCCGGAGAUAAGAAAAAGUAUAGGGCCUUUAGAGAGUCCUUAUUACUACACUUCGAAGAUGAUGCCAUAUACUUUAAAGAUGACAGGAAAAAGAUAAGCUUUGUGCUAUCUUUUAUGAAAGAAGGAGAAGCCGUGGCCUUUUGGACCGAUUGGCUAGAAAACCGAGUCGACGCCCAACAGUUAGGGCUCGAUAUUACAAACACAUAUGGAAGUUGGCCGUACUUUGCAGACAAAAUGGAAGAAAGGUUCAAAGACAACUUUGAAAAAGAAACAGCCAAGAACAAAAUAUUGACCCUAAGACAGGGCAAUGAAACCGCCCAAGCCUUCUUUGAAAGGUUUGAGGAAAAGAAACGAUGGGCGGGAUAUACGAAUAGGAUAAAUGAAGAGUUCCUGAUAUCCCUACUCCGAAGGAAUAUGAACAAACCGCUAGUAGACAGGGUGAUCUACGGCGGGCACAUUCCCAGAGAUUACCAGGAAUGGAAAAGGGAACUAAUCAGGAUAGACUAUAUUUGGAGAGAGAGAGAAAGAGAAAAGAAAGGCUCCGAAAUUGGGAAGAAACCCUAUUCGGAACAAAAGAAGGAAGGAGAAAAGAAGAAAGACGGAACCGGGUAUACCUAUACCGGUAACGGAGAAAGAAUGGAGGUAGAUAAAGCAAAGUUCCGCACCGAGGGACACUUCAGUCACCCCCAAAACAUAAGCAUUUAG